AUGGUGUAUGAUGUGGCCAUUAUCGGCGCGGGGCCUUGCGGGCUGGCUGUAGCGGCUCGGUUACGAGAAACCACUCCAUCUGCACUUUUUACUGACGACGAGCAUUCCAGGUACUGGCGGAGGUUCAAUAGGCGCGAGACGAUUGAAAACGAACACAAAUUCCGGCGAAGGGCGGCCGAGUCUGACUUGGGCGACAGGUCUCGCAACGGCAGAUCAAUCAUUGUGCUUGAUGCUCAUUCUGACGAGUGGAUGUCCGCCUGGCAAGAGAAAUUCCGCAAGUUUCGGAUCAACCAUCUUCGGAGCCCGCUGUUCUUUCAUCCAGACCCAAGGGACAGAGAUUCCCUCUUGGCCUUUUCACAUCUCCACAGCCGCACGACCGAGUUGCAAGAAAUCCCCAACGUGGUCGGCAAAGAACUGAGCAAACACCGAGUGAAAAAGAGGCGUCAGAGGAUCACACAACACCUCCGCAUCGACGAUAGGGACCGCAUAGAUUAUUUCACACCCUCGGCAGCGCUCUUUCAAGACUUUUGCGGGGACAUUGUGGACCGGUAUAGCCUUCGUAACGUCGUCGUACGAGCAAGAGUUGAAAAUGUCGAGUACGGAGAACUGGGCGGGUUAAGCAGCGCGGAAGGAUUUACCUUGACCACAGACCAGGGAGCAAUCUUCUCCCGAAUCGUUGUUCUCGCAGUCGGCCCUGGCUGUAAGCCUUUCAUUCCCAUUGACAGCAACCUCCGGUUGAGCGCGGAGCCAGGGAGUGUUUGCCACUGCUUCGACACAGCAGACAACCAUUGCCUACCGGAGCAUGUUCUGCAAAAGAUCGAUCAAGGAGUACCAACCUCCGUCGUGGUGGUCGGGGGUGGACUUACGAGCGCUCAAAUUGCCGAUUUGAUCAUUUGUCGUGGCGUCACCAAGGUGUGGCUGCUGCUCAGGGGAAGUUACAAGCUGAAGCAUUUCGACGUCGACCUUGAAUGGGUGUCAAAAGUGCGCAACCAGCAAAUGUCGGUUUUCUGGUCGGCAGAUAGUGAUCAAGAGCGAAUGCAGAUGCUCAAAGAAGCUCGAAACGGAGGCAGUAUAACACCCAAGUUCGACAGGAUUCUCCAAAGGCACGUGUUGGAUGAUCGUCUGGCUAUUUUGACUCACACUCGUGUCGAAGAGGGGAUCUGGUGCGGCAGAAGCCGGACAUGGUCGAUCAGAUUGUCCUCAGGACCAGAGAAUGCCCCGCUGUGCAUUGAUCAUAUCAUCUACGCAACAGGAGCAGCGCCGAACAUCGAGAAAGUACCCUGCAUGCAACAAAUGCUGGAGAAAUACCCCGUUCGGUCUGUCAAUGGGUUGCCUAGACUGACCGAUGACUUGAUGUGGUACGACGGUGUCCCAUUAUUCCUGACUGGCGGUCUUGCUGCACUGAGGCUUGGUCCCGGCGCCGCCAACCUGGCCGGAGCACGACAAGGAGCUGAAAGAAUUGCUUGGAAGAUCGAGGACCUGCUAGGAGAAGGACACAUGGCAUUGCCUGACGAGAAGGGAUCGGUCCUCCCGGAUGCAGGCGGCGGCCAGCUUGGAACGCGUGAGAGGAACACCAUGGCCGAGGAGAGGAGUGAAUACACAGGAGGCUUUGUCAAUCAAUUCGAAGCCUUGACGCUGAGCCAAGGAACGUAUGUGACGGAUUGUUGCGACGGACACUGA